AUGAUUGGUCGUGGCGGACGACAUGAGGAUGGAUCCGGUAUGGCCCGAGGAUGCCAGGGUAGUUGGGUGAGGACGAAGGUCAUGGUAAAAGGUCAGGCUUGUAUUGCUGUUUUCUGCCACGGCUGGGAUGUACAGAAUUCCUGCAGGCCUCUUAAUCAGAAGUCCAAGAAAGCCCUCUUCAAGUAUUCAAUCACUGCACAUCGAGCUCGUCAAUAUACGAGUGAUCAGGACAACCUCGCCGCACAUGUAGCUGAAAGUGAAGGGAAAAGCUGCCGGCUCUCAAAGCAAAGGCUGAGACCAGCCUACUGUUCAUACCUUGCGCUCUCCGAUGUACUUGACCUCACAUCGAAGGCAGCAGAGACCUAUUCACAGCCCUCACUUGAGCAUGUGCGCCACAACCCUUCAGUGUAUGCUGCAUGUGAUUCAAACCGGUUGCCAGAACCUUCACCAGAACAACAAAAACCUCAACAGCCUCCAACUUCCAACCACCGAGACUGUUCCACCAUGGCCCUCGCCGACAUCUCCCUCCUCCCAAUCCUCAUAACCACAAUUCUCAUCACCAAACUUCUCAUCGCCAACUAUCACCAACCCAUGCGCGAAAUCGACCAAAACAAAACUUUCAGCUUGCUACUCUUCAUGCAUAUCUGUGCAAUUCUCGGCUCAAUAUCCGUGGCCGAAGACGACACGCCGAUUAUUGGUGGCUGGCUAGGAAGUCUUUGGAGUCUGAGAUACGUCCUAGCUUUCUUUGCGGCGUGGUUGAUGGAGUGUGCUUGGAUAAUUGUGGGGUUGAGGGAACGGGAAAGGAUAUUAUUCCCUGCUCUCGCAUUCUGCUUGACUGAGGUUUGUUUUUGGGUCUGGGUUUUGAGGAUUGAUCAGGAUUACCGAGUUGAGGUACAGGUGCUGGGGAAGCGUGACGUGCGGGAUGUUCUUGCGCGGCUUGGUUGGGUUUUCUUGGCUGGUUCUGGUACUCUGGCGGAAAGGGAGAAGGGGAGAAGUUUCGGCGUGUGGCCAGCGAACCAGAAGAGGGUGCCGGGAGACUUGAAGGCAAGGAGCUACAGCUACCCAAGACCGAAGAAGCUGAGACCCAGGAGGUAUGCGCUCACGUAUGACAUUCAUGUCGACUGA